AUGGCAAGUAAACAAGCGGGUUCACCGGCAUUAGCGCCUUCGAAGAUGAAAAGUGGAGGCUUUGUUCUUGGUCAUAUAUGGGGUUGGCUUUUGAUUGGCAUCGUAACGGUCUUCUUUGGUGGCUUGUUAUUUUUCUGUUUCAAGAGGAAGCUCUAUGCUAAUUGCAGGCUGCGUCGGAAUCAAAAAGGAAAUUUAAAUGCUGAGAAAAAGAGGUUGAGGCAAUUCCAGUUGGAAGAACUAGAGAAGGCCACCAAUAAUUUCAGCAAAGAUUGCUGGGUUGGGUCUGGUGCUUUUGGAGAUGUCUACCAAGGAAAGUUUGAUGUAGAGGGAACACUAGCAAUCAAGAAGGCCAAUGCUGAUUCAUACACAAGCACCGAAGAAUUUAGAAAUGGACAAAAAGGAGCUAAAGUACUGGUUUACGAGUAUGUUCCAAAUGGCUCACUGCUUGACUACAUCAUGGGCAUAGCUCAUCUUCAUGAAGGAAUCACCCCAAGUAUAAUCCACAGGGAUAUAAAACCAAGUAACAUCUUGAUCGGAGAGGGGUUCGAGGCCAAGGUUUCAGAUUUCGGGCUGGUGAAAUCAGGUCCCAUAGGGGAUCAAUCUCAUGUUAGUAGCCAGAUAAAAGGGACACCAGGGUAUCUUGACCCAGCCUAUUGCUCAAGUUUUCAUUUGUCUCCAUUCAGUGAUGUUUACAGCUUUGGAGUCAUACUUCUACAACUUGUUGCUGGUCGACCUGCUGUUGAUACCUCUAGAAGCCAUUCUAAUUAUCAUAUUAUUGAAUGGUCCAGGCCAAGCUUGGAGAGAGGGAAUGUUGAUGAAAUCCUAGAUGCUAGUCUUCUAUUAGAGCCCUGCAACAUGGAAAUGAUGCUAAAGAUGGGACUUCUUGGCCUAAGAUGUGUGGUGAAGGUUCCCAAACAAAGGCCUACAAUGACUCAAGUGUGGCAAGAGUUAGAGGCAGCUCUCCAUUCAUCAGACAACUUCAUAAACAACCAACCAUCAAAGAGUGCCCGGAGAUCAGUUGGUGUCUCCAGUCAAUCCACAGAUCGUGGGAGUUACCGAUCAGUGGAUCAGGAUUAUUCCCAGAACUCUGUCAGCAUAGAUGGUAUUGGACUACAGAGAUUUCAUGUUGAGAUGGAUAGCCUCUCUUUUCAAAGCGCAAGUUUGAGGUGUUUAGAGACUAAUAGCAUUAGCAUCGACGCUGAUAAGAGCAACUUGAGAGGAAUAAUGGAAGAAACGAGUAUCAGUGUAGAUGAGGAUUUCAGCAUUCCUCGCGAUUAA